AUGAAAAACUCAAUCAUGUUCUUGCUCUCUUCCUUCUUCUUUCUUCUUCUCCCUUUCACAAGUUCCCUUAAUUUCAGCAUCUCUCGUUUUACACUAGGCGACUCUCGCAUAGCUUACCAAGGAGACGCAACACCAAACGGCGAGAUUGUUCUGAACAAUAUUGCUUUCACCUGUCGUGUUGGUUGGGCUACUUACGCUAAAAGAGUUGCUAUUUGGGAUUCCGAAACACAGAAGGCUUCCGACUUCACCACCAACUUCACAUUCAAGAUUGAUAUCAGCAGCACAAGUUAUGGCCAUGGGCUCGCUUUCUUUCUCGGCCCUCCAGGCUUCACCGUCCCUCCCAACUCAGCUAGUGGUUUCUUGGGUCUUUUCAAUGAAACCAAUGGUCAUUCGUCUCGGUUCCCACUUGUGCAUAUCGAGUUCGAUACGUUUUAUAACGUUGAAUGGGAUCCUUAUGGUAUCAAGUCUCAUGUUGGGAUCAACAACAACUCUCUUGCUUCCUCUAACUUCACUUCUUGGAAUGCAACCCUUCACAGCCAAGAUAUAUGCCAUGUCCAAGUCUCUUAUAAUGCUGUUCAAAGAAACUUGAGCGUCUCUUGGAGAUAUGAAGAAACAUCUAUACCUUCGGAGAUUUCAAGUCUUUACUACAUCAUUGACCUUGUGCAGGUCCUCCCUGCUGAAGUCACCAUGGGCUUUUCAGGUGCUACAGGAUCAAUGAUGGAAGGGCAUAAGAUCUUGUCAUGGGACUUUUAUUCCAGCUUAGAUGUGAUAGAAAAGACAAAACCAAACCGUAGAAGUAUCAUUCUUGGUGCAUCUCUUUCGAGUUUUCUCGUGUUGGUCUCUUUGGUUGUUGUGGUUCCGUUGUGUUUGAAGAGGAAGAAGCAAAGAGAGGCUAAAGCAGCAAGAAGAAGAGAACACUUAACAUCGAUAAACGAAGAAGAUCUUGAAAGAGGAGCGGGACCAAGAAGAUUCUCUUACAAAGAUCUCGCAACGGCUACUAACUAUUGA